ACCCUACUCAUAUAAAAACCAAAACAAAGCUCGCACCUCCGGCUCCCACCGCUUCGCCGCCGCUCACCACCCUCUCUCUCUCUCUCUCUCGUCCUCGCCCCUCUUCUUGCCCCCUCGCGAGCCUCCGCCAUGCCGCCGAAGUUCGACCCCACGCAGGUAGUCGACGUCUACGUCCGCGUGACCGGCGGCGAGGUCGGCGCCGCCAGCUCCCUCGCCCCCAAGAUCGGCCCCCUCGGCCUCUCCCCCAAGAAGAUCGGCGAGGACAUCGCCAAGGAGACCGCCAAGGACUGGAAGGGCCUCCGGGUCACCGUCAAGCUCACCGUCCAGAACCGGCAGGCCAAGGUCUCGGUGGUCCCGUCGGCGGCCGCCCUCGUCAUCAAGGCCCUCAAGGAGCCCGAGCGCGACCGCAAGAAGACCAAGAACAUCAAGCACAGCGGCAACAUCUCGCUCGACGACGUCAUCGAGAUCGCCAGGGUGAUGAGGCCGAGGUCCAUGGCCAAGGAGCUGAGCGGGACGGUGAAGGAGAUACUCGGGACGUGCGUGUCCGUCGGGUGUACGGUCGACGGGAAGGACCCGAAGGAUCUGCAGGAGGAGAUAUCGGACGGGGACGUCGAGAUUCCUCAGGAUUGAUGGGAAAAGAUAGGUCGCUCCUUUUUUGUUUUAAUAUCUUUUCUUUUUUGGUUUAAGUUCGGUUUUGGAGGAUUUUACCAGUUGUUUUGCUCGGGUCUUGUUCCAAGAAGAUUAUUAGAUUCUUGAUUUUCGGAUCUUAUGUUGUGAUGAUGUAAGUCCAGUAUUUCAGUAGUGAUAAGAGAUGUCGGGACGUAAUUUAAAUUAAUUUAUGGUGUUGCAUUUUCA